AUGGCUGAACAGCGCGCGGCUGUCAAGUUUUGCUUCCUGCUCGGGAAAACGGGCACAGAAACCCUUGAGAUGUUGAAAACGGCUUACAAAGGUGAUGCUUUAGGGAAAACUCAAGUAUUUGAGUGGUUUUCUCGUUUCAAAAGUGGUGAAAUGUCGAUAGAAGAUCAAGCUCGCUCUGGACGUCCUUCGACGUCGCUAACCGACAAAAAUGUAAAAAAUAUUCACAAAAUUAACCUGGAAGAUCGAAGGAAAACCAUCGAAGAAGUAGCGGAGAGAUCUGGUGUGACAUGGAGUUCAGUACAGAGAAUUUUAAGUGAAAAUUUGGGGAUGAAACGGGUGGCUGCAAAAUUUGUUCCUCGACUGCUGACUGAGCAGCAAAAACAAGGCCGUUUUACGGAGGUUUUUGACCAAAAAUGGUAUGACCACUGUGUCCCAUCCACCCUAUUCACCCGACCUGGCUCCCUGUGA